GGGGCGGGGGGAUGGUGAGCCGGGGAUAAACACUGCGCGACGGUGGCGGCUGCUGCUUUUCUCCGGGUUCUGUCACGGUGUGUGUGGUGCCCAGCUCACCUGCCCCCUCCCCCUUCUUGCGAGCGUGGUCGCCGGAGAGGCUCUCUCAACCCUGUUCUGCGGGGUCCACAGCGGGGCGAGGGUGUCCGGCGGCGGUGAGCUCGUGAGCCCGUGAGCAGUGGGGGUUGGUCCCGUGGCUCCGGCCCCCGGUGCAGAAUGGCGGCGGCGGUUCGGAUGAACAUCCAGAUGCUGCUGGAGGCGGCCGACUACCUGGAGCGGCGGGAGAGAGAAGCUGAACAUGGUUAUGCCUCCAUGUUACCAUACAAUAACAAGGACAGAGAUGCCUUAAAACGGAGGAACAAAUCCAAGAAGAAUAACAGCAGUAGCAGAUCAACUCAUAAUGAAAUGGAGAAGAAUAGACGGGCCCAUCUUCGCUUGUGCCUGGAGAAGUUGAAGGGGCUAGUGCCACUUGGGCCUGAGUCGAGUCGACACACUACACUGAGUUUAUUAACAAAAGCCAAAUUGCACAUAAAGAAACUUGAAGAUUGUGACAGAAAAGCCAUUCACCAAAUAGACCAGCUUCAGCGAGAGCAGCGACACCUGAAGAGGCAGCUGGAGAAGCUGGGCAUCGAGAGGAUACGAACGGACAGCACUGGCUCCACGGUCUCCUCCGAGCGCUCGGACUCUGACAGGGAAGAAAUUGAUGUGGACGUUGAAAGCACAGACUAUCUCACAGGUGACCUGGACUGGAGCAGCAGCAGCGUGAGUGAUUCUGACGAGCGGGGCAGCAUGCAGAGCCUCGGCAGUGACGAGGGCUACUCCAGCUCCGGCGUGAAGAGGAUAAAGCUCCAGGACGACCACAAGACGUGUCUGGGUCUAUAAGGGAGCGCGGUCCCUUCAGCUGCCUCGCGGAUGGCUCUCCCUGUCGGAUCGGAUUAGGUAGUGUACUGGACCUGCCUGCAGUUCCCUUGCACGUAAACGUCAGUGUACCACCUUUACCAAAAUCAGCUUUGUAAAAGUUUUCAAGGAACUGCUUAGGACUCUGGGUUUCUGAUUGCAUCCACUAGCUUCUCUUUCUCUCCAUAAAAAUUCGUCUCUGAGAGACUGUACAUUCCAAUCAAUUUGAAGCACCCAAGAAUUCUUAGACCGAAUGAGCAACUGUCACAUCUCAGCAAUUCCCCCUCCUAUUUACUGUCUCUGUGUAGUGACCCCAACCUUUCUUAAAGAUUUCUGGCUUACUCUGCUACUUGCCUAGAAGAAAUGUCCGAAUGUGUCUUGUGCUUAGGAAACUGAAGGAAACAAACUCUUAAAGUUGAGAUCCUGAUCUCAGAACUCCAAAGUAAGCUUUGAAAGUGGCAUUUAAGAGCACUUAACCACGGACCUCAACCCCCGAGGAGUCAGGAAUACCUCCAGAAAACCCGCCCUGCACACAUACCUACGCUAAUGCCCUGCCCCGCGUGUGGAGGGGAACAGUAUUUCUCAUUUUAAAAUGGACACCUUGACAGCAUGCCUUUGGGGUCGCACAGCUUAUAAAAGUUCCACCAUUGUUUAUUCUCGAGAAUGAAACGGUACAAUCUAUUUUUGUGUGAUGUUUUGGGGACCGUGCUGUGUAUUGCCAGCCCAAGGCACGUUCUCCCCUCAGUUUGUGAUGCGACUUGUCUCUGGAACAUUUUUUUUUCCUACCUCAGAGAUAAAUGAGAUCUCCAUUUCCCACUUAACACAAAAGUGAUUAUGCCUUUUUUUUUUCUGAAUAAGUGACAUUUGGUCCAAUUCUAAUCUAUUUUCCUAUUUAACUUUCAGCAAUAACUGAGCUUUGGCACUAGCUGAGCUGGUGUCCACCAUCAGUGAAAGGAAAAGUCCACAUUUCUACUCCCUAUGUUGUAGGUGAUCAGGAGGGAAUGGUACAGUGUUACUAGAAUUUCUCUCCUAAGUGAUUAUUUUUGGACACAUCCGGAAACUUCUUUAUGAAGGUUUUUGGGUUGAUAGUUUAAAAGGCUGAGUUUUCUUUUUGGUUAUGAUUUCUCCCUUAAGUGGUCUCCCACUUUGUAGCAGUUUUAUUUAAGCUAAAACAGAGCACAUGUAUAUGUACAUAAGACACAUUAAAUCUAUAAAUACUAUUUAUUCAUUUUAUAUAAACUAAUGUAAUAGAAAUAAAUUCUUAUGACUUUGUGCUUUUAUAGAUGUUCUAGAAACUUUGUAUGUAGGUAUCUACAAAAUUGGUUCAUUCCCCUUAAUAUUUUUGCAUUCAUAUUUUUGAAGUCUUGAUGUUGUCAGCCUCUGGCAAAUCUUUUUCAUCGAAUUUGAACCAUUUGUAAAAUCUGUGACGCUGAAACUGUGUGUGUCACAAAGUGAUGAGAACAUUCCUACAAUCCACAGACGCACUGCAACCUAAGGGCUCCGCGGCGGAACCAGGAGCGGGCGGCCCGGUGCUCCCGCUGGCCGGAGGUCUCUAGCCCCCCACAGCCUUGCUCCUCCAGCGCCUCCACCUUCCAUGCAACUAACAGUCCACACGCACUCUCCACAGGGGCUCAUGCUCUACAGGAAGAGCAGGCUAAACAAAGCAAGAUUACUUUUGUGGGUUUUUCUUUUUAAUGAUUCUUUAAUGUAUUUAAAAGUUUUUAAUCGGAGUCGUGGAUUCCUAAAUGAUUCCAAAGUCAUCUGUAAUUCUUCUGGGUUCUGUUUUAUUGGUUUUCUUCUUCAUUUCAGCUUUGGGUAUGGAGAGGGGCAGGUGACACAAAGGGUUUCUUAUUGUUGGAAUAUUUUCUGAUUACCAGCUGAAGAUUUGCACUGAAAUACAACUUGUAUGCCUUUUGCAUUUUUAAAGCCUGCUUUCUGGAUUUAAGCAGCAUUGAUAGUGUUCAGAGAGCCAGCUCAGCCUGUAACAUGUUUGAAAAAGAUAUACCUGCACUUUGAGGUCCCUUUCGAAUGCUAUUCGCUAGACCUCUCAAGCAUUUUGUUUAAUUGCUACAUUCAAGCGCCUCACAAGUCCAAGAUGCUGGAUGCUGGAUGGCAUCAAAAACUCAAGACUUCGGGAAAAGCUUGUGGGUUUGCAUUGGGGGAGGGAAGGGAACAAAAUUUGUGUAUUUGUUUAAUUUAGAAAUGUGGCAUCUGAGAUGCUAUUAUUUUCUGUGUUUUAAUUGUUUUGUGCCUUUGAGUUAAACUGCAUUUUUGCCUUUUGGUUGAAAUAUGAACUGUACUGUCCCAAUAUAAAACAGUAAUUAUUUGA